ACCGCGAACGUUGUGCGCUUCACACGUGCUCCCUCUCUCUCACUCACUGCAGUGCCGGACUGUCAGUUACUGUAAUUUGUGACAGUGCUGUAAAAAGAAUUAGAAAAGCUGUCAAAGUUCAUACAUAAGAUCUGUGUGAUCUUUUUGUGGUUUUAGUGUUGCCUUCUGUGUGCGUGUGUGUGUUUUUUCUCAUUCAUGCCUAUAGACGCGGAUCGAUCCUACAAAAUGAAGCUGCGCGAUGUGGAAAAUGCCUUUAAGUACCGACGCAUACCGUAUCCUAAGCGUUCCGUGGAGCUGAUAGCACUGUUGGCCAUAUCUUGCACCUUUUUUCUGUUCAUGCACACAAACAAACUGAACAGUCGCCUCAAGGAAAUGGAGGUGAAGCUGCAGCCCUCGGAGUUCUCGGCCCUGGGUCUAACUGGCAAUCACAUAAGCGGACAUGAUGCGGGCAAACAUGAUGACAUUAAUACGCUGCACGGCACCUAUCAAUAUCUGAAAAGCACCGGCCAGAUGUCCUCGCUUAAUGUGCGUGAUUUGAACAAUACGCGUAAGGCUCAAAUGGAGCUGGUCUUCUUCAACCGUGUUCCCAAAGUGGGCAGUCAAACAUUUAUGGAACUACUGCGUCGCCUCUCAGAACGCAACAACUUUCAGUUUCAUCGUGAUGCAGUCCAAAAGGUGGAGACCAUACGUCUGGCCGAGGAUCAGCAACAGGAGAUGGCCGAGGUCAUCAGUGAGCUGCCUGAGCCCUCAGUUUUCAUCAAGCACGUGUGCUUCACUAAUUUCACCAAGUUCAAUUUACCAACACCCAUUUAUCUGAAUGUGGUGCGCGAUCCCGUGGAGCGCGUGAUCAGUUGGUUCUAUUAUGUACGUGCUCCUUGGUAUUUUGUGGAACGCAAGGCCGCUUUUCCCGAUCUUCCACUACCCCAUCCAGCGUGGCUCAAAAAGGACUUUGAGACGUGCGUCCUCAGCGGUGACCAGGAGUGCACCUACACACAGGGUGUCACAGUUGAAGGCAUUGGCGAUCAUCGUCGACAGAGCUUAUUCUUCUGCGGUCAUGAUUACGAGUGCACUCCUUUCAACACUGUGGGUGCUUUGGAGCGUGCCAAGUUUGCCGUGGAGCAACAGUAUGCUGUGGUUGGAGUUUUAGAAGACUUCAACACUACGCUCUCUGUGUUGGAGAAAUAUGUGCCACGCUUUUUUGAAGGUGUGCGGGAUAUCUAUGCAAAUAGCGCCGAGUAUCUGACCAAGAUCAACAAAAACAACUUCAAGCCACCCGUCAGCGAGCAUGUUAAGGAUAUAGUGCGUCGCAAUUUUACAAAUGAGAUUGAAUUUUAUCAGUUCUGCCGCCAGCGAUUGCAUAAACAAUAUCUGGCUGCCCACUUGCCUCAAAAGAUUAUAACAGCACUUCCAGCAGCCUUGGGAGGUAAUUAGCAGUCGAUUCUCACAUUUUGUUGUAAAAAAGAUAUACUCGAUCCUUUAGUCAAUUAAGUAAUAUGCGCUACCCUCCAUUCAACCCACAUAUCGUAGAUAAUAAUUGUUUUCAUUGUGUAUAUUUCAAAUUGUUUAUAAAAUAUUAUUCAUAUUCUUAUCAAAUAUAUAAUUACGUAUAUUUAUAUUGUUUAGUUAGUUUCUAUGAAAAAAUACAUUCCAAUUGUGAUGUCUUCAAGUGAACUGUU